AUGUUUAGCAUCCAGACCACCGACUCUCCCAAGUUCCUCGGGCUCCCGGGGAAGGUGUGGCCGGCAGUGGGCGGUCGGAGCAAGGCGGGCGAAGGGACAGUGUUGGGGAUUGUUGAUACCGGCAUUUGGCCAGAACACCCCUCUUUUAGCAAUCAAGGGAUGAGCUCGAAGCUGCCGUCUGGGUGGAAGGGCAAGUGCGAGCAGUCGAGCUCAUUCCGGUGCAACAAGGUGAUUGGCGCCCGGGCUUUCUACGCCGCGUUCGGCUCGCCCUCGCUGCAAAACGACUGGCUGUCGCCGCGCGACGGGAGUGGCCACGGCACGUGGUGCGCGGGCGCGGCAGCGGGGAACCCUGUGAGCAUGCAGGGCAGCGGGCAGAUGAGCGGCAUGGCUCCUGCGGCGCGCCUUCCCGUGUAUAAGGUCUGCUGGUCGCGCAGCAACGGAGGUGGUGAGUGCAACGGAGCAGACAUCGCGGUGGCCAUCAAUCAGGCCGUGGCUGACGGCGUGGAUGUGAUCUCCAUCUCUUUAGCAGGAGUGGAUUCGAACCAGGACUAUUUCAGCGACCUGCUGUAUUUGAGGGCCAAUACUGCGGGGGUGUUGGUGGUCCUGGCCGCGGGCAACGGAGGAGCCCCUGGGCGGUCGCAGGGAGGUGUCUACCGCACGGUGUCCAAUUUCGAGCCCUUCGUCCUCUGCAUUGGUGCCAGGACUGAGUCCUUCAACCCUCUCAACGCCAUCAUUGUCGCCACUGCCAGGAGCAACAGCACGGGCGACAGCAACGCCACGCUCACUGCCGACGGGGGAAUCACCUUCACUGCCGCCUCCUCCGCCCCCAUGGUCGCCGACUUUUCUUCUCGUGGGCCCCUCGUGCCGCCCUCUGACAUAGCCCCCCCCCCCCCUUGCCAGCUAACGACAUUCUCAAGCCAGAUAUCAUCGGCCUUGGCGUUGACCUUGUAG